GUUUAAAGCUGUGUUCCCCGUCCAAGCUGCCCUGAAGUUCCUGCAAUUGUCUUCGGUCUCCCUUUUUGCUCCCGCGAUGGUGCGCACCACCGUGCUUCCUUUAUUGACCGCUAGCUUUGUCGCUUGUGCUGCGCAAUCCAACUUUUCUGGUGUGUGGCAUUUGGUGAACGUGCAGUCCGUGGUUUGUGCGAAUGCUCCAGGAUACGCCCUCAUCAACAUUUCCCAGCCAACCGAUGCACUCAACCGUCCUCACAUUUUCACCGUUUUCCGCACCAGCACAGCUCCAGUGACCCUGGAUUUUAGUGCCACUGAUUCGGCGGGCAAAGACGUGGCAUCAGUAGCAGUGACUUUGCAACAAGCCCGGCGUCUGUCUGAGCUGGAGCUGGCGCUGCCUGUGUCGCCGCGACGGCUCAGUUCAAGACGACGUUUCAGCAGCGGUGGAUCCAGCUAUAGCUCCCCACGCCGCAGAACGCCGUCGCCGGCGCCCACCUCCUACUCGUCGCCGCGGCGACGCGCCCCCGGCGGAACAAGCCCAAGUCCACCAAGUGCAGUGGGCGCGGGCGGUUCGCGACGGAGAACCUUCGGGACAACUGGAAGCAAUCCAGCGAAUCCAACAGCUGGAAAUUAUGGCUACCAGAGUUCGACGGCAGCAGCAUCCAAUUUUGGGGGCAAGAUACCGACUGGCACACCUUAUGGCUACACCGGUGCGAAUGCAUAUAGUGGGUCCAGUGGCAGUGGUGCAAAGAUUGCAAUGGCUGCUGGUGCAGGCCUUUUGGCGGGUUACGUGGGUUCUCAGUUGCUAAGUCCCAGCUGGACGGGCUACAGCCGUGAACAGAUGCUGAACUUCCAGUGUCGUGGACCUUCUUCGUGGACAGGUUUAUGCAGCACAUGCGUGACCGUCCAUGGCGCGCAGAAUUGCAACAUCGAAAUGUCACCCAGAAUCGAUGCAACUCGGGAUGAUCUGUUGAGCACCGGAUUUAUCCCCUCAAGCUUGACAUGGCCAGUGAUUGUGAACAUCACCAAGAUCUCGGGUGUGGACUUUGAUCCCAGCAAGGUUUGCCCAAAUGCGUCAGAUCCAACCUGGAGCUCAUCAGGGAAGCAGCUUUUCAUUACGCUCACCACUCUCCAAGAGCUGGCCUCAGGAUCACAGGCGGCAAGUGCAAGCUCAUCGAUGUCUUGGUGGCCAAUCUUGGGAGCGAUUUUGGUGAUCGGCGGAUGUUGCUGCUGUGGGCUUUUAGCCUUCCGCUUGUGCAAAGGAAGCCAAGGCGGCUAUGGCGGCUACGGCUCUUCCUCUGAGUCAGACUGGUCAGAGGCUGAUCAUCAUGGACCUCCGGGUUACGGAGGUUAUCCUGGCGCAGGGCAGCAACCCUAUGGCGCACAAAUGCCACAGCAGGGCUACAAUCCAUAUUGGCAAGGAGGAGCACCUCAACCAAUCCAAGGGGUCGUAGUGCAGGGAAGCCCGGUGCACCGACCAGGUGCAGGGGCAGCAGCUGGCGCAGCAGUCGGCGCAGCCGUUGGCGCAGUCGGUGCUUCUGGUGGCUUCAUGAACACUGCUGCGCCCACUGGUGUCAGCUGGGCAAACUUUUGCCAACAGCAUGAGGUCGUGGUGGAUCCGUCAACUGGGAUGAUUUCUGGGCCAUGGGGAGAGUGUUUGGCCUGGGCCGUCGCCUAUGAGAAGCAAAACCCAGGAUGGCAUCAAGAUCCAAGGUUCCAGGUGGAAGGCCCAGCGGGUCAAGUCAUUGGAGAGAUCUCCGCAAAGGCCAAUCCUGCAGCCCUGCCGCAAGUGGUGGAAGCUGCUGAGAGGCUUGAGGAGGCUUGUCAACAGGCAAUCCAACAUGGACAGCCACUGCCACUGAUCCACCGGAGGGUGUAGUCAGGCCUCAUGCCUUACAGCGAACAGAAGGACAUCAAGCACCGUGCAGCAUAAUGCAGCACUGUGCCUUUUGAUUGUACAGAGUGACGGCGGAGCAUGGCUUUGUGCACAGCGCGGCUCCAGUUUUCCGUCAGAGCUUAGCUAUCACCUUCUACUGUAUCGUGAGUGUGCUACGGAAAUUGCACCGCCCAUAAUAUCUUUUGACCCUCCAGCCUGCAUUUAACGAGAAUGUGUGAUUGCAUGGCAGUCCUUGGGGCCGUCCUCACACUUCCCAGGCAUAUCAACAAUAUACACUGUUUGACGUUUGAUGCAAAUGCUGAGCGCCACUUAGACUUCUCCCGACCCAUUCCAAGCGCAAC